AUGGAGAAGAUCACGCCAGCACUCAGGAAUCCAAACGCCGCCCAUAUGUUCAAAUCGACCAUCGACAACUCAAGGGAACAGGCUAUAGAGAGGGACAAAGAGAUAAGUACCCAAAGCGUAGCAAUAUACACGGAUGGAUCGGGGAUGGAGGGUAAGAUCGGAGCAGCAGCAGUCCUAUACCGGAACGGUCGAAGGGUCAAAGCAGUACGUUACCUACUGGGAGCUGAAACAGAGCACACAGUACACGAAGGAGAACUGGUGGGCAUUGCGCUAGGUAUCCAUCUAGCAAGGACAAUGCAAGGAAACCGCGCAAAAGUCAACAUCAGCCUAGAUAAUCAAGCGGCAAUCCAGAGCAUCACUCGCGCCAGACCCAACGCAGGCCAACAUGUUGUGGAAAAUAUUCUAUCGGAGAUAGAAGACGAGCUAAGUGAUUAUAGAAGGCUACGAAUGGAAUUCACAUGGGUACCAGGACACGAAGGUAUACAAGGAAACGAAGCGGCGGACGAAGAGGCGAAGAAGGCGAUCACGGAAGGCGCAAGCAGACCCAGCGAACACCCAAGGUGGCUGCGAGAACCCCUCCCAUCAAAUCUCUCGGCAGUGAAGCAGGAGUGCAAAAGACUGGCGAAAGAAGGGGCAAGGGAACGAUGGAACAACUCCAAACGUUUUGACCGGAUGUCCAAAAUCGACGAGACGAUGCCGUCGGGGAGAUACCUGAAACUCACGGACAAACUAUCGAGAAGGGACGCAGCGCUAUUGAUCCAGCUACGUACAGGACACACCGGUCUGAACGGGCAUCUAAAUCGUAUCAAUAGGGCAGACUCACCAUGGUGUCCACACUGCGGAGAAAGGAACUACGAGAACCUAACGCACGUGCUAUACAUCUGCCCCAAAUACGGAGAAGCCAGAGCGGAAUGGGAGAGAAGCCUACGAGGAAGAACCGAAGACCUCAAAGAGGUCCUAGGAACAGAGGAUGGGAUCGAAGAAACGCUCAAGUUUAUACGCAAAACGAGGAGAUGGAGGACAGGAAGGGCAGUCGAAGGAGAAUAG